AUUCUGCUUGAAAAGCAUAAAUAAGCUAUGGGUCAGCGAAUUGUUCUGAUUAUUAUGCUUUUUGCCGGUUGCUGUUAUACGAUUUGUAGCGCCAAGUUGCUUGAGCCGGUCGAUUACCAGGGUGACCUGUUUAUUGGUUUGAAGAGUCAGCAGCCACAUAAACGCUACCAAAGCAAUGAGCCGAGUGAGCUGAACGCCAUCCAAGGAAAGAACGAAAAUGCGGACAUAUUUGAUGAGUUGCAAGCCGAUGUUUACGAAAACCUCGUGCGGCUAAUGAAAGAAAUGCAAAAGGAGCGUGAACGCGUGUCAAUCCGUUAUAAACCAAAUUUAGGCAAACGCUUUCAGUUAUACAAAUAGAAGACGUUCGCCGCCAAUAUAGAGCUAAUAACUUACCUAAAUAACCGGAUAUCAUAAGAUGGAAAAUGCAAAAUGUGUAU